CAUCCAGGAGCCGGGGAUUUGUGAGGUCAAUGUCAGAAUUCCGAGCUUCAAGCUGGCCCCCGAUGCGCAUUCCCCAUCGGUGCGUAGGGUGGGUCCUAGGUGCAAGUCUUUCACCCUAGUCCGCAUAAUGUGAACGCCUGUGGCUAGCAAGGCCUUGUUCUGAGAUAUAUACCAGUGGCAUGCCCUUACAAUUAUAUCCGUGGGCGAUGAAUUGUUCUGGUACACUAUGGCCUCCUCUAUCAAAGACGCCUUGAUCAUUGGGGCUGGUCCCGCAGGCCUUUCCGCGGCUCUCGGAUUGUCCAGGGUCCACCUAACCAAGAUAGUCUUCACCAAGCCGCGGAACGCUGGCUUCAGAAACCAAGGCGCCCACGAGAUUCACAAUGUUUUGACCAGAGACGGCACCCCACCUGCAGAGUUUCGCCAGAUUGCGAGAGACGAGAUUCAGAAGUACGGCACCACCGAAUUUGUCGAGGCAGAGAUCACUUCUCUCAAGAGGGUAGAACCGGAGAAUGGCGAUGGCAAUGCUGGCACAUCAAGCUACUUCGAGGCUGUGGAUAGCCAAGGCCGCAAUUGGCAUGGGAGAAAGGUUAUUCUGGCCACCGGUUCUACUGAGGUUUUGCCCACGGACAUUCCAGGAUACAAAGAAAAUUGGCCUCAGAACAUAUUCCAAUGCUUGUUCUGUGACGGCCACGAAAGAUCGCAUCUCCCGGCUGGCAUUAUUGGAUUCUCGCCGAUCCUCGCGCACGCGGCGCCGCUGUUGCUUCUUUUAGCCACCGAAUCAUCCGGCCCGCCAACAGUGUUCAGUAACGGCCCAAUACCAGAGACCGAGCCGAUGCAGAAGGCUCUGGACAAUGUUCGAGCCCUGGGGUGCAAGAUUGAGACUAGAAAAAUCGCACAGCUCGUGCCCGCCCAAGCACCCGACGUCGGCGUUACCGUGGUUUUCGAAGAUAACCAGCGGACGCACGUCGGAUAUCUGACUGACAGACCAACCACGGUAUUGGCUAGUCGACACCUGAUAGACCAGCUUGGGCUUGAAGUCGAGACACAUCCGAUCAUGGGAGAAAACAUCAAGGGUGUUGAGUUGGGCGGUGCCACCAAGAUCCCUGGGCUGUUUAUUGCCGGUGAUGCCGCCACUCCGCUAAAGGCGGUGACGAACGCCAUCAGUUCUGGAUCCAAUGCCGCUGCGGUCAUAACCCAGCAGAUAGCCGCAGAGAACCUACAGAGAAAACUCGCAUCCCGUCUGGCCUAGAAGAAUCUAUGCGUCGCCCUGGCCCACCCGGGAUUAUGGAGAGAAAUGCGCAACGUUCUAAGUUGAUUGGGUUUGUAGGAAGCACCAGUAGGGGACUUCAGAUAUACAUGGAUCACUCAGUCGCUGGACCCCAUGGCCGUAACAAUCUAUCUGCUUCUGCGAGAUACCUCAGCUGCUAAGACCAAGAGUUUCUUGUCAUAGUCUGCACCUAACACUGAUGGCCCCUCUGGAGUUCUUAUCUGACUGAGACAAUAUGCAAAAGGGCAAACUUCCCGCCGCGUCAGCAAAUAUAGGAAUUGUCCCUGUAAAAAGCAUAAUUCAGCAAGUCAUAUAUGAAGCAAUGGAAUGUGUGACGACUUAAACAAAUCUCACA